AUGGUUAGUAAGACUGGUCUUCAAUCUAAUGCGCAACAUUCGUACUCUUAUCAUGAUAAUUUCACGCAUAGCUCAGGUACUGGAACUGUUAUAUCAACAGAUUGUCCAAGUCCUGAUCGUGAUUCUGCUUUUGGUGAUUCUUCUAGUACUGAAUCUCGAAAUAACAAUCGAAAUUGCCGAAACUCAGCUAUCUCAUGUUCCGAUAGCUGUCGAGGUUCACUUAAUACGCCAAGUCCAACUCAACAG